CACUUGGUGACUAAAGUCAGAGCCUAUGACGCUGAUAUAGGAUAUAACGGCUGGUUACUCUUUUCACUGCAGCAAGUCACUGACCACAGUCUCUUUGGUUUGGACCGCUAUACAGGACAGAUCAGAACACUUCGCUCCUUCACAGAGACAGACGAGGCUGAGCACAAACUGAUCAUACUGGUCAAAGACAAUGGGAACGUGUCGCUCUCAGCAACAGCUACUGUGGUGGUCAAACUUGUGGAGCCCAAAGAGGCUUUUGCAGCUUCUGAUGUUAAAAGUUCAGCAAAAGAUGAGGAGGGGACCGAUGUGACUUUUUAUCUGAUGAUAACUUUGGGCUCAGUUUCUGUACUUUUUCUCAUCAGUAUCAUUGUGCUGAUUGCAAUGCAGUGCUCCAAAACCACAGACUAUACUUCUAAAUAUCUGCAAGAGACUAAUUAUGACGGGACACUGUGCCACAGCAUCCAGUACAGAUCUGGAGAGAAACGGUACAUGUUAGUUGGACCCAGAAUGAGUAUAGGAUCUACUAUAGUCCCGGGCAGCCACGCGAAUACACUAGUGCUCCCAGACAGGAGGAGGGGAUCUGGAGAGGUAAGAUAUUGAAAACAAUGUGACGUACAAAAUGUCUAUAUGCAUCUCUUUCUCUCAUUGAAUUUUGCCCAAUUGCCUAUUUUAUAUUUAUCAUCUUUCUAAAAACCCUAGUACAUAGAACACUAAUCAGCAGCUCAAACAAACUCGAACAUAGUACAAGUCUGAUCAAUUGUGAUGCUUAUUAUUUGCAUCUGUAGGUUAGUCCGAUUCACAGGACAGAAUUUGCUGUUUCUAUAGCAAGAGAUAUUUGUAUUCCAGCGUAGCAAAAUUUCUUUGUUUUGUCGAUAAGAGGCUCACUGCUUCACACAGUUGUGUCUAUUCUUCACUUAUCACGUGUUUGUCAUUUUCAAGCUGAUGAAAGCUGGUAAAUACCAAACGCUUUGUUCAGAUCUCUAUCCAUGGUGCUGAAAGGGAAAUACUUUCUUGUCUAUACAGAACUUAGUGCACGAAGAAAUUAAAUAAACUAAAUCCAUGGGAUUUUUUAACAACUUAAACUAUUAUUCUUGUGCUACAUCAUUGAGAGACAAUCUACACAUAUUUUGUUUGCUACACAAAGUAAACUGCUUGAGCAGGUGUUUAGAUGCUGUAAAUUUAAAACGCAUAUGGGGCAACUGGGUAUGUUUGUUUUUAAAAUGAGUUAUAUAAUAGCCUUUUACUUUCCCAGUGACCUCUGGGUGUCAGUAUUACAUCGGGAAAUCAUAGGAAACGUUUACCCUCCCCUCAAAAAGCUUUUGUUUGCCCACUGUGAAAACCAGAGAAGGCAUUUGAGUUGAGCUCGCUACCCGAUGGAAUCGUGUUGUGCUAUUUCUACAUUUGCGACAAAAACGGGUUGGAUGCAGACAUUCAUUGCAGCAACGGGUUUUGGUGUAUUAAUGUAUUGUUUUAUAACGAUGGGGUUCGAAACACAAACUAGGAGAACGGUCUGUUCCUGGUUUGCUUUUCAUUUGGCUCUACUGCUGUUUGUCGGAAAACGGGCUUUGGCGGAAAUAAGGUACUCUAUUCCAGAGGAGGUGAAAUAUGGAACUGUUGUUGGAAAUGUUGCGAAGGAUCUUGGCCUUGACAUCACCUCUUUGUUUGACCGACGGUUCCGUGUUGUGUCUGAAUCUAAGGAUGCAUUUUUUGAGGUAAACCAGGACAAUGGGGCUCUGUAUGUGCUGAAGAAAAUCGACAGAGAGGAGCUCUGUCAGGGUAGUGGUGCCUGCUUGACGGAGCUAAAAAUCCUGGUCGAAAACCCUUUGGAAAUACACUAUGUAGCAGUAGAAAUUACUGAUGUAAAUGACCACUCUCCUAGUUUCCCAGAAAAAGAACAAAGAUUUGAAAUAGGUGAACAAAUAUUGCCAGGAAGGCGAUUUCAACUGCACACUGCUCGUGAUCCCGAUGCUGGAAUUAACUCUAUUCGUACAUACACUUUGACUUCAAACGAUCACUUUGAAGUAGACAUCCGUCAAAGUGAUGAGGAUAAAAUACCAUUUUUAGUGCUGAAGAAAUCGUUAGACAGAGAACAAACGGACAAACACACGCUGCUGGUUACAGCAGUUGAUGGAGGAAAACCUCAACGAUCAGGCACACUAAAUGUUUCUAUUAUUGUUCUGGACAGUAAUGAUAACCGUCCAAUGUUUAGUCAGGAGGUUUAUCAAAUUACAAUACAGGAAAAUGUUCCCGUCGGUACUUCAGUGUUUAGAAUGAAUGCCACAGAUCCAGAUGAAGGCAUCAACAGCGAAGUUGAAUACAGCCUUGGAAAAACUCUAAAGAAAAACGUCUAUGAUAUUUUUGAAUUAGACAAACUAACCGGAGAGAUUAGAGUAAAAGGUGUGGUGGACUAUGAAGAAAAUGACGUUUAUAAACUGGAUGUUGAGGCAUCAGAUAAAGGAACACCUCCAUCAGCGGGUGAGUGUAGAGUCAUUAUAAAGAUAUUAGACGUCAAUGAUAAUCCACCGGAAAUAGAAGUCACAUCGCUCUCAAAUUCAGUGUCCGAAGACUCAAAGCCUGGAACAAUUGUAUCCCUCAUUAGUGUGAAGGACAAAGACUCUGGUGUCAAUGGAAAAAUAAUAUCAAGCAUAACCUCAGACGUGCCUUUUGAAUUAAAGCCUUCUUACAAGGAAAACAUAUAUUCAGUUGUCACAAAGGGAUUUUUGGAUCGAGAGGAGGUGUCACAUUAUGAAAUAACAAUAAAAGCCACCGAUUGUGGUGAACCUCCCUUAUCUACCGUUAAAACUCUGAGCAUCCAGAUAUCAGAUGUAAAUGACAACAGACCGCAAUUCUCUCAAAAUACCUUACAGUUUUAUCUGAUAGAAAAUAACGUAGCUGGAGCGUCGAUAUUCUCCGUGAGCGCAACGGACAAAGACUUAAAUGACAACGCAGUUAUUUCAUAUCACAUUGUGAGAGAAGGGAGCCAAAAUGAUAUAAUGUCUUUCCUCAACAUAAACUCUGAAAACGGAGACAUUUUGGCGCUAAAAAGUUUCGACUUUGAAACUCUGAAAACGUUCCAGUUCCAAGUUGUUGCCUCCGAUUCUGGAACUCCGUCACUGAGCAGCAACGUCACAGUGAACGUGUUCAUUCUGGAUCAGAACGACAACGCUCCAGUCAUCCUGUAUCCAGUCAGCUCUAACGGUUCUGCUGAAGGUGUGGAGGAGAUUCCCCGCAAUGUGAACGCAGGACACUUGGUGACUAAAGUCAGAGCCUAUGACGCUGAUAUAGGAUAUAACGGCUGGUUACUCUUUUCACUGCAGCAAGUCACUGACCACAGUCUCUUUGGUUUGGACCGCUAUACAGGACAGAUCAGAACACUUCGCUCCUUCACAGAG